AUGCAUUUCAAACACCUCUCCCUCCUCGCCCUCGCGGGCUACGCCCUCGCCCAAGACUCCAGCACCCCCCAAUCCCUCAAUGCCACCCUCUCCGGCAACGACCAGCUGUCAAACUUAACCUCCUUCCUCGCGCUGCAACCGCAGCUCCUUGACACCCUCUCCAACGCGCAGAACAUCACCAUCCUCGCGCCGUCCAACAAUGCAUUCAGCGCGUUCCUCAAUUCAUCUGCGGGCUCGCAGUUGGCUGAUGACCCGGGCCUCGUCGCCGCUCUGCUGUCGUACCACGUCCUCAACGGCACGUACACGUCGAGCAUGAUCUCGAACACGAGCACUUUCGUCCCGACGCUGUUGACGAACGAGUCGUAUGCGAAUGUCACGGGCGGCCAGGUGGUCGAGGCGAUUAUGAUUGGCAACGAGACGGUCUUCUACUCGGGCCUGCUGCAGAAUGCCACCGUUUCGCAAGCUGACCAAAACUUCACCGGCGGCGUCCUCCACAUCAUCGACUCCGUCCUCACGCUCCCCACCGACAUCCUCAGCACCGCCUCCGCCGCGAACCUGACCGCCCUGCGCGGCGCCAUCAACGCGACCAACCUGAUCGACACGGUGAACUACACGCCCGACGUGACCAUCUUCGCCCCCACCAACGAGGCCUUCCAGAGCAUCGGGUCCGCGCUGGAGAACCUCAGCGAGUCGGACCUCGCGAACGUGCUGGCGUACCACGUCGUCAACGGCACGGUGGGCUACAGCACGGACCUGGUGAACGGGACGAGUUUGCAGACGGCGAACGGGGCGAAUCUGACGGUUACGGUGGAGAACGGGACGGUUUUUGUUAAUGCGGCGAGGGUUGUGACGCCGAAUGUGCUGGUUGCUAAUGGCGUCGUGCAUGUUAUUGAUAACGUCCUCAACCCAAGCAACACCAGCCUCGCCGCCCCGGACGCCACAACCGGCGCGCCGGGCUUCACCGCCUCCCCCGGCACAGAGGUGCCCUUCACCUCGGGCCAGCCGACGCCGACCACGCAGAUUAAUCCUACGUCUGAGGGGCCCGGCCCCGCGGAGACGGCGGCGAGCAGCAGUUCCACGGGCGCGGCGGCCGCGCCGAUGAGGACGGGGGCGGUGGGGGUGGGCGCGCUUUUGGGGGCCGGGGCGGCGGUGUGGUUUCUCUAG